GACAAGAUCAACUGGCCGAAGGAGGAGCAUAUCGACCAGGACACUGUCACCCUGGAGGACCACAGCUGAGACUUUUCCAUAGUCUGUCUCUCUCUUCACACUACCUGGGUUGUGUUGGCAAACAAAGGAAUACAACACAAGUGAAGGACAGUGGUGUCUGAUGCGUCGUGAAGGAAUGGCGCUCUAACAAUGCCAUUGUCGGUGGGAGCAUCCAGUGUCAAGCUGUGAAUGGUGUCGAAACCUCUUGGGGGCAGAAGUCAAGACUGUAUCUGCCAUCAGACCUAAAGCCUGACAUUGAGCAGCUGAUCGAGAGAAUAACAGAAGUGUGGAAAUUUGUCAUCAAACCCAAAGGUUACUACAGCUUAUCCUCAAUAGGGACGAGGGAGUUGCUGGAGUCUAUCCCAGCUGACACUGCGCGAGAGGCGGGGUUGAGGUUAACACAGGUCAAUUUAGGGUGACCAAUUAAUGAGCAUGUCUUUGGAAGUAAGGAAACCGGAGAACACAGAGAAAACCCACGCCGGGAGAACAUACAAACUCCACCUGUACACUGUAUGACUGUAUAUAUGUAACCAAGAUUCCUAACGGAAAUGCAAAUUUUCAUCAUACAGAUGCUCUUCUGAUGUCAAAAUCACCUCAUCCCAGAUCUUAUUGAUGUGUCAUCCAGAAAAAAUGUUCCUGCUAUACAACAAGACCCCAAGAAGAACAUCUUUGAGAACUUCAGCUUUUCUGAUAAUUGUCAUUAAAGUCUUGUGCUGUCAAACCCUCACAUGUCGUCCUGAAGAGUAUCAGAUAGAGAAUGAAUGCUGCCCAAUGUGUCCACCUGGAAACAGAGUUAAAAUACAUUGUACAGAGUUCAGAACUACAUCAUGUCUGCCCUGCACGAGUGGAACUUAUAUGGAUAAAUCUACUAAACAUAAGCAGUGUUUCCAAUGCACCAACUGUGAUACAGGUUCUGGUCUGAAGGUAAAGACGUCAUGUACAACAACAUCAGAUACAGUUUGUGAACCACUUGAAGGAUUCUUCUGCAUUGACUUAAUAAAGGACCAAUGUGUAGCAGCACAGAAACGCAAGGACUGUGAUCCAGGACAAUAUAUCAAGGAAAAGGGUACAUCCUCCUCAGACACUGUGUGCUCUGACUGCAGUGAUGGAACAUUUUCAGAUGGAACAUCAACAUCUUGUCACCAACACACACAAUGUGAAUCAAUGAACCUUCAGCUGAUAACAGCAGGAACUUCGUCAGCUGAUUCUGUUUGUGGGGAACAAACUUCAAACGUUGGAGUUAUUGUCACCAUCAUCAUCAUUGUGGGGAUUUAUUUAGUCAAUGUAAUCAUAGUAGUAGUAUUCGUGCUAGAAGCAUUGUGCUACCACAGAAGAAAGAACACAUUUCUAGCAUGUCUAAGUUACUUGAUAUUUAUUUUAUAAUAGAAAAAGACAUUAAACCUAACAGUAGGCAUGUCCGAUAAUAUCGGCCGAUA